AUGCCAGAUAGUUUGCCGCAGAGCAUGAAGGUGAAACAGGUUUGCAGGAAGCUGAUGGUCACCCUGCUGGAACUGCGUGCCUGGAUGUGGGUGAGUCAAAUUAUUACCUUCAGGGGAUACCCUAGUGAGGAAUAUGAAGUAACAACAGAAGAUGGCUACAUCCUUUCCAUUAACAGAAUUCCUUAUGGAAGAAAAGGCCGUGACAGGAGCAAAGGUCCAAGGCCUGCUGUGUUCCUGCAGCAUGGUUUGCUUGCAGAUGCCAGCAAUUGGAUCACAAACCUGGAUUACAACAGCCUUGGCUUUAUGCUGGCAGAUGCUGGCUAUGAUGUAUGGUUGGGAAACAGCAGAGGGAACACCUGGUCCAGGAAACAUAUACACUUCACAGUGAAGCAAGAAGAAUUCUGGGUUUUCAGCUUUGAUGAAAUGGCUAAGUAUGACAUUCCAGCCUCAGUGGACUUCAUUUUGAAAAAGACUGGCCAGGAACAAGUAUUUUACAUCGGCCAUUCACAGGGCACCACGAUGGCUUUCAUUGCUUUUUCAACUUUGCCACAUCUGGCUAAGAAAAUAAAAAUGUUCUUUGCCUUGGCACCAGUAGCUACAGUCAAGUUUGCCACUAGCCCUCUGGCAAAAUUGGGAGUGUUUCCUGACCUGCUGCUCAAGAACAUGUUUGGAAAGAAACAGUUCCUCCCUCAGAAUUAUUUACUGAAGUGGCUUGCUACCCAUGUUUGCACUCACAGAAUACUUGAUGACCUUUGUGGCAACAUAUUCUUUCUUCUGUGUGGUUUUAAUGAGAGAAACUUGAAUAUGAGCCGAGUGGAUGUGUAUUCAACUCACUGCCCUGCUGGGACAUCUGUACAGAACAUGAUCCACUGGAGCCAGGCUGUGAAGACUGGGGAACUCAAAGCUUAUGACUGGGGAAGCAAGGCUGCAAAUAUGGCUCACUAUAACCAGUCUACUCCCCCUUUUUACAAAAUAAAGGAGAUGACUGUACCAACCGCAGUGUGGACUGGUGGACAGGACUGGCUGGCAGACCCAAAGGACGUUGCUAUGCUGCUCACCCAGAUCACAAACUUGGUUUACCACAAAAGCAUUCCAGAAUGGGAACAUUUGGAUUUCAUCUGGGGCCUUGAUGCACCUUACCGCAUGUAUAAUGAAAUAAUUAACAUGAUGAAGAAGUAUCUCUAAACCAGCAUAGUAUUUCAUAAUAUUAGUUCACAAAGAAUUAAUCUUUUUUGGAACAUACGCUCUUCUGGUAAUGCUACAUUGUUUAUUUAUGGCGCAUUUUUAAAAUGCCAGCAAUGACUACUCUGUUGGAUUAAUAGUUGGUUUGUUUUUCUCAGUAUUACUUCUCUCUCCUACAGAAAUCCUCAGUAUAACCUGCUGAUUUUGCACACAGUGGCAUAGUUCUAAAAA